UAUUUCCUUUUCCGCCGCGGCUCCGGCGCCUCACACACGAGUGUUCAUCUUUUCUCUGUUGACGUGACGCCUAGUGAAUAAACCGAGCAGACUGACAGCGCUUAGCCAGCAAAAAUGAAACCCAUUCUACUGCAGGGCCAUGAGAGGUCCAUCACUCAGAUAAAGUACAACAGAGAAGGAGACCUGCUGUUUUCCGUAGCCAAAGACACGGUAGCCAACGUUUGGUACUCCGUGAACGGAGAAAGGCUCGGCACCUAUAAUGGACACACUGGAGCGGUGUGGUGUGUUGACUGCGACUGGGACACCAAGAAUGUGUUGACGGGAUCAGCAGACAACAGCUGUCGCCUGUGGGAUUGUGAGACCGGUAAACAGUUGGCUCUCCUCAACACCAACUCUGCCGUCAGGACGUGCGGCUUCGACUUCAGCGGCAACAUCAUCAUGUUCUCCACAGACAAGCAGAUGGGCUACCAGUGCUUCCUGAACUUCUUUGACCUGAGAGAUCCACAGCAGAUGGAGGACAACAACCCGUACCUGUCCGUCCCCUGCAGUGAGUGCAAGAUCACCAGCGCGGUGUGGGGGCCUCUGGGGGAGUUCGUCAUCGCAGGCCACGAGAACGGAGAGAUCAACCAGUUCAGUGCUAAGUCUGGUGAAAUUCUGAAGAAGGCGAAGGAGCAUACCAGGCAGAUCAAUGACAUCCAGACAUCCGUCGAUCUCACCAUGGUGAUCACUGCCUCCAAGGACAACACCUCUAAACUGUUUGACUCCAAUUCUCUGGAUCACAUCAAAACAUUCAGGACAGACAGGCCUGUAAACUCUGCAGCCAUUUCUCCUAUAAUGGACCAUGUGGUGAUGGGAGGAGGGCAGGAAGCCAUGGAUGUCACCACAACCUCCACCAGGAUCGGCAAGUUUGAGGCGAGGUUUUUCCAUGCUGCAUACGAGGAGGAGUUUGGGAGGGUCAAAGGUCAUUUUGGCCCCAUCAACUGUGUGGCGUUCCAUCCCGACGGCAAGAGUUACAGCAGUGGAGGAGAAGACGGAUACGUACGAAUUCAUUACUUUGACCCACAGUACUUUGACUUUGAGCUGGAGGCGUAACCAAGCAACCCUUCCAGCUAUCAGACUCAAUCCAGACAAAGGAAAACAUCACUCGCCUCCAGUGCUUUGUACUGAACUAUAAUUAUAAACUUAACAUUUGCCAGCAGUAAUCACAUUUAACUUGUAAACUCCAAAUCUUAUCAAUAAAAUAAGGUCAAGGAAAGGA